AUGAUGGCAUCAACAGAUUCUCACGAGCCUCUGCGGCAGCUGGACGCCGCACUUGACGUGCAUCCUGCCAUCAUCUCGGCCCUAAUCCGCCGAACCAGGUCGCUGGUUACGCGACUCAUUGAUCGCGACAUCGACGAGGAACGAAUCACAAGCUCGGAGGGCUUGAUCGAUGUCAAGGUUGUCUCAGCAUUUCACGAGCUCGGAGGCGACUUCGGAGAUGCUGUACCGUACGCGCUGAUGGAGGCACGCAAAUCAUUCGAACGGGAUGCUGAGAAACAGCCGCUGGAUCAUGGUCUCAACCGAAAAAGAAUGGUGGCUUGCGAAGUCUUGGUUCAACGUCUCGUCGCACACAUCGAGAGAAGCACCUACGAGAAAGGCUCGAAAAGCGCAGGAAGCUACCACAUGUGCCUGACGAAGAAGUUCCGACGCUACGAGAGCGAUGGCGACGUCGCCAUCCCGACUUCAGCGCUGGAAGCGGCCAUCGAUCAGAACUGCGUGCCAGUGCUAGCAUCGAUCGAGGCAAGAAGGGCUACGCAAGCCAUCUGGGACGGGUCCCUCGUACAGAGGUAUUCUCCGCAAGGCUACACCUACUUUGUCCCUUACGACAGAAAGGAAGACGGCGCAUUCUUGUCGCACUUCCACCCUUCGCGCCUGGGCGUGCCCAAAUACUCGUACAUCACCAACAUCAUCCUGUGGAUCUUCUUCCUCGCCAUCUUCACUGUGCAAACGAGGACGCUCAAGGAGUUCGAUCUGUUCGAAGGCAUCCUUUGGGUCAUGGCGGCGGGCUACCUCUUCGAGGACGCAACGCGCGUGUUCAAGAUGGGUGGAGUGGGCGCCAUCGAGUUCUGGACCAUCAUCGACGCUUUCACCGAUGGAUUGCUGCUGGUCUCCUUCUGCUUCCGCGUGGCCAGCUUUGUGGCUCACGGCAAGAGGGCAGAGUCGUACGAGCUGCGAGCGUUCCAGUUCUUGGCCUGCGUGGCUCCGCUCAUCUGGGUGCAGCUCCUCAAGGUGUUCGACGGAUUCGUCUACUUUGGCACAUUGACGGUCAUCAUCCUUCGCAUGUUCAAGGAGAGUGCCAUCUUCUUCACGCUGCUGGCUUUGGUCAUGGUCGGCUUUGGUCACGCCUUUUUGGCGCUUGAUGCCGCCGACGAGUCUCGAGUCGACAAUGUUGUGGUCAAGAUCGUAGACUUGCUAACACAGUCCGUGUUGGGCGGCGCCGACUUUGAUCUGACGAGCGAGGACGCAUUCGGCUAUCCGUAUGGGCACAUCCUGUACUACGCGUACUGCUUUGUCACUGCGGUGAUCCUGCUCAACAUCCUGAUCGCCUUCUUCGGCACGGCGUACAGCGACGUGGUCGACUCAGCAGACGAGGUGUACGCAGCUUUCUUCUGCCAGAAGGUAGUUUCCAUGGUCAGGGCGCCUGACCAGUUCGUCUACCUGCCACCUUUCAACCUGCUGGAAGCCUUUGUGAUUGCGCCCCUCGAGUGGGUGGUGUCGCACGAAACCUACGCCAGGAUUAAUCACUCGGUGCAGUCGGUACUGUUCGCGGCACCUCUGAUGUGGAUUGCGUUCUACGAAAGCAGGAAGGCGCGAAACGGGGGCUCGAUUCGGCUGCCCUUGUUGGAGAACGAUGCGAAUGAUCCCGCACGCGAGAUGCUGGACGGCACGGACGAGGACCCGAUCGUGCCCGAGAUGGAGGGAAGCGGCGGUUUGCAGAUCUCGCGAACCAAGUUCGAGGAUAUCGUCAGCAUGAUCCAAACCUGA